AUGGACACUACAAGUUCAACAUUGACCGUGCAACAGCAUCCAUUAGCUAACGUGACGACAGUACGAACAAGUCCAAUACACGACGAAAUGAUGAAAUCGGUAAUAGUUAAUUUUCAACCAAAACCUCAACAAAUGCCAAGACCAACAUCGACUCAUGGACCUAUGAUUUAUCGGAUGACAUCAGUAAAUCCAAACGUGCCUGUUUUUCGUGUACGUGCAGCAACAACGUCUCCUUCAACAACAGUUAUAAAUAAGUCAAUUAAAACUGAUACAAAACCAAUAUCAGUAACGACGGCAGCGAAUAUGUGUUAUGAACCUAAACCAGCACAUACAACUCCAACGACAAGUGGAUCUGUGUCUGUACUUGCAUGCUUUAAAACAACAAAAAAACGAAAUAAAGAACGAGCAAUUAUGCCACGACCUAGUACAAUCGAUUCUAAUGAUGUAUCCCAAGAUUUUCAACAGCGAUUAAGUACAAUCCUCAAUACGAAUGCAUCUUUAGUGCUUAAUACUGAUAUGAACAAUAGUAAUUCAUCGUCGGAUUAUCGUCAACAAUCACCAUCAACACAGACACGACUUGUUCAACAAACAAGUUUAUCAUCGACCUAUUCCGAUGACAAUGCGUCGAAUAUAUUUUCAUUAUCUAUGAAUGAGCAAGUCAAUGAUACAACAACAUCAUCGUCAAAUAGUAUUCCUAUUUUACGUCAUACUACAAAACAAUUAAAUAUGAAUUCAAUUCAAACAAUAACAACUCCUAAUAUAUCACCAACAAUGUCACCUAUACAAUCAUUGCAAUCGACACCGAAAACAUUUAUGGCCGAUAAAUCUAUACAAUGCAUUAAUCAGCAUAAAAAUGAAUUUCCUGAUAAUGCAAGCCAUGCGGAAAUAAAUUAUGAAAAGCCAAUAACAGAUUUAGGAAACAAUAAACGAUCGGGUGAUGAUAUGGAAAGUUGGACAGUAGCAGCGGAAAGUCUUCUUCAUAAUAUGCUUUCUCAACAUGAUUUUCAUUUGCUUGAUGUUAAUUGUCAACAAAUUUUGUCAUCAAAAUUCGAUCUUGUUCAAGCUAAUCUUGUUAAUGGUGUAUUAUCAUCCCGAGAUGAAUUUUAUAAUUCAAUACUUGAUAUUAAACGAAAUUUAUUCAAUAAUGAUUUAUCAAAAGUGUUCGAAGAUGAUCUGGAAAAAUUAUUUAAUUAUUUUGAAACCGAAUUUAAAACAAUAUGUGAUCAACAUAACGAACAUAAACGCAUGCGGCAACAAUAA